GAUUCAUUUCAAAACUAUGGAUGGAAAAACGAUUAAACUGAAUGUGAGUGGCACAUGCUUUGAAAUAUCUCAAACUUCGAUGGCAAAACUAUUAGAGACAAAAUCUGAAGCAACAGAGACACUUCUAAAAUUGCAGAAGGACUUUACUACAGAAGUUUUUUUUGAACGCCAUCCUGGUAUAUUUCCAUCUAUUCUCGGUUAUCUACAAGAUCGAGAUAUGCAUUUUCCAAACAGUGUUUGCGUAGGUGAAUUUCUUGAAGAAUUGAAAUUUUGGGGUAUAGAUACAAAAAAUAUUUCUAAAUGUUGUUUGAGCAAGAUCGUAACAUUUACUGAUGAGCAGAAAACUCUACAAAUAAUGGAAAAAGAUCAAAAGGAUAAAGAUGACAAAAGGAAUGAGCUUCUGAAAAAGGUAGAGGGAAAGCAAUCGUGGAAACGAAUUCAAGCAAGAGGAUGGCUGGUACUGGAAGAACCCAGUACAUCUGUUCUUGCAAAGGUCUAUUUCUUCACUAGUGCAAUGUUUGUGCUAGCGUCUAUAUUUGGACUAGUCUGUGAGACACAUCCAUCUUUCAGAAGAAAUCUUAUCCAAUCGGAAUGGAAGGAGUAUUUUGGAGAUGAUUUCGAGGCAUAUAAAGGUCACUUCGAUGGAUCAAAUACCGCAAAUACAACAAUCCCACCACUCCCGGAAAUGGUCAGCACAAAGUUGGAUUUCCUAUAUUAUAUAGAAUUCAUAACGGUGGCAUACUUUACUUUAGAAAUCAUCACUCGAUUUAUAUUUUUUCCUUACAGGUACACAAUUUUUUUCUGUGACUUUCUGAACCUCGUCGACAUAUUCUCUCUUAUGGUAAUGUUUUCAAUCUAUUUUGCAAAUCUCGCCAAUCCAAAAGACAAAUACGAAAAGUCUAUUUUUGACAUUAUUCAUUGUCUGCAAAUAGUUCGAAUAUUUAGACUAUUCCGAUUGGUUAAAAACUUUACAGGAUUUCGCGUGCUCAUGUAUGCAGUCCGAGCUAGUGGCUUUGAAGUCUUACUGAUGUCAAUGUUUCUUGUUGUUGCCAUGUUGAUGUUUGGGGCAUUUGCAUUUUUCUCUGGAGAUACGGCGUUCCCUAGUAUACCAGAUUCAUUUUGGUGGGCAGUUGUUACUAUGACGACCGUUGGGUAUGGCGAUAUGGUACCUACUAUUGGAUUAUCAAAGUUUAUUGGUGGCCUGUGUGCUAUAACUGGUGUUUGUCUGUUGGCUGUCAUCAUACCAAUAUUUGUAAACAACUUUGUUAUGUUUUACAACUAUUCAAAAGUGUGGCGAACCGCUUCGGAAAAUGAUUACGCAAAUGUAUCCAAGCCACAUCAAAACUCGUGUCACAAGGCAGUUCCACAUUCCAAAGUAACACCACAACCUAUUUGACAUAUGAACAAAGAUGAUACGAUGCGCGUUCAUCAAGAACCUAUUUAACAUUAUUUCAAACUUGUAUCUGUCUACAAUUGUAUUUUAGGGACUUUAUUUCUCUCAAAUUUAAUUUGUUUGCAAGUUAAUACUUUAUUUGCGUAGCUUAACCACCGAUGAAGAUACUUAUUGUUGCAUAAAUUAGGGGGGG